AUGCAUUUUCAAUGUCUGCCCACAUGCGGGCGUUCGUUCGACUCCCAACACGGCCUCUCCAUUCAUCAAGCAUCCUGCAAAGAGCUCAAUGAGCGGGAUUCUACUCUGAAUAACCUUGCAGAGAAGUUAGCAGCUAAGGCAGCGCGCAAGCGUCGUCGUAUAGACGACAACGCAGCGAUGGCUACUGCCCCUCCUGAUGCUGCGGGCCCUGGGUUCAUGCCUGACGGUCAUGAACCUCUUGAUGUUGAGAUGGCCGAUGUGGGAGGAGUAGGACCAUCGCCGGCUGCAGAGGUGUCUAUACCUAUGCCGGAUCAAUACCAAGGACCUGAAGUUGGCCUUGACGUACCUACAGGGCGAGGCUUGCGCAAGAAACAGCCAACAUGGAAGGUCUUGGAGCACCUGCCAGAACCGUCCACACCAUUUCCAGAUCCCGUUGAGGUGCCUGAGCCUGGAGAUGAGUAUGUGCGCUCUCCGGAGGCAAAUGACAGUGCCGAGACAUCGAUUAUUCUUCGUGUCGUGAGGACCGCGAAAAAUAUCUUUGGAUUGUUUCGCGAAUACCAAAAACUACCAAGUCAUAACCCUGAUGACACGACAUCACUGAGCGAUAUGGCCUACGUUCAGCCAUCCAAUUCUGACACUGCUCAUUCUCGCCAUGCCCUCGCGGUUCCCUCCAAUCCCAUCGCUGCUAUGGCAUCAUCUUCCUUUGCACCAUUUGCCAACAUGUCUAUCUUCAGACUCAUGAAUUGGAUGUGGAGUGGCUCGCACAUCAAGUCAAUUGAUGAGCUUGAUAAGCUCGUCAACGGAGUGAUUCUGGCACCGGACUUUCACAAGGAGGAUCUACAAGGUUUUGAUGUGAAGCGAGAGACUGCAAAGCUGGACAAGGCUGCACAGAGCACGGAGACUGUGGCACAGGAUGGUUGGAAUGAAGCGGAGGUAGAGAUUGAGGUGCCCGAUGGCAAGAAGCACCAGUCUGAAUCUGAUGGCUCCAUACCAUGUUUCAAGGUGCCCGGUCUACACCAUCGUUCACUCAUCAAAGUCAUCAAAGCCACUCGGACUGAUCCGGCUGCCGUGGACUUCCACACUACUCCAUUCAAGCAGUUUUGGCAGCAGGCAUCUGGGUCAACUGAGAGGGUGUACGAUGAGCUAUACUCCACUGAUGCCUUCAUCGACGCUCAUGAGGAUCUACUGCAAAAGCCUCAGGAGCCGGGGUGCACUCUCGAGCGAUCGAUAAGUGCCUUGAUGUUUUGGUCAGACUCCACACACCUGGCCAGCUUUGGAAAUGCAUCCUUGUGGCCGCUCUAUCUAUUUUUCGGGAAUCAGUCAAAGUACAUUUGCUGCAAACCCCGUGCUGCCGCUUGUCACCAUAUUGCCUACAUACCGAAACUGCCUGACACAUUCUACGACUUCUACUACUCGUUGACAGGCAAUGGUCCUUCCGCAGACAUCCUUACUCACUGUCGACGGGAACUCAUGCAUGCUGUAUGGCGUCUUCUUCUUGAUGAAGACUUCAUGCAUGCGUACGAACAUGGCAUCGUUAUUCAAUGUGCAGAUGGUGUGACACGACGUAUAUAUCCCCGGAUAUUUACAUACUCAGCCGAUUACCCAGAGAAGGUCCUCCUUGCGACUGUUAGGAACCUGGGGAAAUGCAUGAAACGUGAUGACGCACGACGGGUAAAGGAGGAACGCAUCAAUGAUUCCUCCUUCCGAAACAAGAUCAGUAUUGCACGCAAAGCAGUCUAUGAGCUUGGGAAAACCAUCAAAAGCACUGUUGUUGAAGCACUACUCGCUGCGUAUUCUUUUGUCCCUACAUCCAAUGCAUUCUCGGAGAAGCUGUCACCACUUGGAUUCAAUCUUUUUGGCAUGCUCGUUGUUGAUCUCAUGCACGAGUUUGAAUUGGGUGUGUGGAAGGCCGUUUUCACACACCUUAUACGCAUCUUGGUUGCUGUGGGUGGUGAUGCUGUGGCAAAGUUCAAUUACCGUUAUCGUGAAGUGCCGACCUUUGGGCGCUCAACGAUACGUCGGUUUUCGCAAAAUGUGUCAGCACUGAAAAAAUUGGCUGCUCGAGACUAUGAGGACUUCCUACAGUGUGCUCUACCGGUUUUCGAAGGGCUUCUUCCGGAGCCAUAUAACAAGGAGAUUCUCGACCUCCUCUUCACCCUUGCAGAAUGGCACGCAGGUGCCAAAUUACGCUUGCAUACGGAAACCAUCCUCAAGAUCCUCAGGGAGGUUACCACAGAGCUUGGUGCUCGACUGCGAAAGUUUGUCAAGAAUACCUGUCCACAGUUCGACACCAAAGAGCUACCUCGCAAAGAGGCUGCUCGUGGACGGCGGCGCCAGACCAAGAAGACCACGGCAAGCAUGGCGGGAACAGGAGGUGCUAAGCGAAAGAUGCUCAAUCUAGGCACUUACAAGUGCCAUGCUCUUGGUGACUAUCCUCGGCAAAUUGAGAUCUAUGGCACUACAGACUCAUAUUCCACUCAACCGGGUGAACUCGAACAUCGCCGAGUAAAACGGUAUUAUGCUCGUACUAACAAGAACAAUGCAACCCGACAGAUCACCCUGUUGCAGCGGCGCGAACAAAUUAUGCAAACGAGGACCUUGAAUUUCACUGUUCAGAAGCCUCUAGGAAGACGCCUACGUCGCUCCGCUGUUAGUUCAGGUCAACCCGAAGUACUCCCAUAUACUCCUCCAGAAGCUCACCAUCACAUAUCUCAUUCACGCAACUUUCCUGUAAAGCUAUCUGUCUGGCUUGGCGACAAUCUGGAUGAUCCGCUCAUGAAAGAUUUUCUCCCAAAGUUGCAGGAUCACCUUCUCGGACGGCUUUUCAGUCCUGGCCUCGCUGCGGAUGGCCAUCAAUUUGCUCAAGAGGACCGCAAUCGCCUUCUCAUCCAGAACCACCGCAUUUUUGCUCACCAAGUGCUUCGCAUCAACUACACUUCGUAUGAUGUUCGGCGCUGUCAAGACUCAAUCAAUCCACGCAACCAUGCCGAUAUUAUGACACUUGCUCCCGAACAUGGACACUCAGAUGACACCCAUCCAUUUGCCUAUGGACGAGUGUUAGGCAUUUUUCAUGCGGAUAUUGUCCACAACAUUCCAGGCUCUGGACCUGUCUUACAAUGCCUAGAGUUUCUUUGGGUUCACUGGUUUCGUAGGGACCGGCAUUGGAAAGCGGGGUUUGGACGCAAACGUCUGCAUCGUGUAGAGUUUGUGCCGACUGCUGAACCAAACGCUUCCGGCUUUUUGGAUCCGGAUGAGGUGAUACGUGGGGUGCACCUUAUUCCUGCUUUCGCACAUGGGUAUGCUGCGACUCAACUCGACGAUUCAACGGAAUCUUCGGACUGGAAGUACUACUAUGUUAACUGUUUUGUUGACCGUGAUAUGUACAUAUGCCAUCUGGGCGACGGCGUGGGACAUUAUAUCGUGAACAUGACAGAGGCCCGCGAAGAUGGAACAGAAGAGCGACAGGCUACCGAGGAUGAUGGCGAACAUGAAGAGGCUCGUGAGGAUGGAGAGGAAGAGAAGGAAGACAGUGAAGGGGAGGAUGAGGAUGAGAACGCGAACAAGGACAGUGAGGACGAGGAUGGCGAGGAUGGCGAGGACGGUGAGGAUGAUGAUGGUGAGGACGGUGAGGAUGACGAUGGCGAGGACGGUGAGGAUGACGAUGGCGAGGACGGUGAGGAUGACGAUGGCGAGGACGGUAAGGAUCUUGACGAGGAGGAUGAUGGCGAGGGUCUUCCUGAUGAGGCCGAAGAAGGCUAUGGUGAAUUGUAG